UUCAUUAAAACCUAUACGUUGACAAGCUGCGUAGCCAGUACUUUAGUUCCUAAAAUAACAAUUAAAACAAAUUGCACAGUACUGCAUUUGAAAAUGACACAGCAAGAAUUUAAAUCCAUUGUGCCAGAAAUACAAGACACAAUUCCCUUAAGCAUCUUCGACUUUUUACAAAAUAUUGUUUCAGUAAAACGACAAAGUCCUGAUGUAGCUACAUGGGAACCUGGUGAACUGGAAAAAUUUAAAAUUGAUUUAAGAACAGUGGAUCGCCUAUACCACACAAGGUGCUUUCGAGGUGCACCGCUUCGCAGUACUGUUCUUGAAGGUCGUGCAACUGCAGCACAGCUGGAAUUGGUGGUUCGCAUGAAAUAUAAAAGUAAAUUAGUCUUUGCAGAAUUGAUUAUUGAUUGUCCCAUACCUUGCUUAUUAGGUUCUUGGCAAAAUCGUGGGAGAAUGUUUGUCAGUUUUGAUGCUAAUCUCUUUUUUAAUGCAAUCCAAACUAUCACAUAUAAGGAAGUUAUGUAUAAAUUACUUAAUGAGGAUGAACAUGUUGUCAAUUGGGUGUAUGAUAAUCGUUUAUCAAUGGCAUCAAAGCGUCAGCCCCCCACUUUAAGUUUUUUGUGUUAUGAAACUAUAUGUGCUAAUUUGGAAAUUCUAGCACAUAAUAUUCAACUCCUACCAUCUGCAUUAAGGACCAGUUUAACAGAGUUUAAUGAUAUUCGAAACUCCAGAAGCUGCUACUAUUUCUUGGUAUACCCAUCAGCUCUACCAUAUCAAAUAUUCUGGGAAGAAGAUUUACAUUGGAGUGAAGAAGACUUUGUUAAUAAAUUAAAACAUUGGUAUAGAUGGAUGAAACUACGGUGAUUUAUUAGCACUGUAGUUAUGUAUAUAUUGUACAACAUUUUCCUCGUUCUGAAAAGAAACGUAAUGAUUUGAUUUGUACAGUACUCUAAAGACCUCCCUAGAAAUAUUUAGCUAUUUUAUUGUAUUUAUUUGAGUAUACGUUAAGAAACAAAAUGCAUACCAAAGACGUUGUAGACUUUACACACCUACAAGCAAUGGAGUUAGA